AGGGAGGAGACAUAGAAGCAAGCGAGGAAAUGAGGUUGCACUUUGGAGCUGUCAUGGAAAUAUUAAGAUAUAAUAAUACUAUUCUUGUCUGAUUAGACAGGCCUCCAGCAGAGAGCCAGGAUAGGAAGUGUGUGUUUUGGAGAAGAUUGGUGAGAAGCAAUAGCCAAAUGUUUAAUGCAGCAGAAGGUGGGAUUUUCUUAAGGCUAAGCAGUGAUGUUAUUUUUAGUCGAGACAAGCUGCAGCCUUAUUGGCUGGCUUCUUCUGUACAUUCUGCUGCGUCACGUGAACAGAAAGUGUGAUGCUGAGUGGAACUGCAGACUCAUCACCCUGCUCCAUGGUGUCCUCAUAGUUUUGCUAACUGCCUACAUCGGGUUUGUCGAUGGGCCGUGGCCAUUCACACACGCAGGCUCGGAAAACACCCCUCUCCAGAUCCUAGCCAUGCUUCUCAGUCUGGGCUACUUCCUCUUUGACAUGGCCUGGUGUGUGUACUUCCGUACAGAGGGUCCUGUUAUGCUGGCCCAUCACACCCUAAGCAUCCUGGGCAUUAUGUGCGCUCUGGGAAUGGGCGAAUCCGGCAUCGAGGCAUGUGCAGUGCUCUUCGGCAGCGAAAUCACCAAUCCCCUCCUGCAGGCCCGCUGGUUUCUCAAGCAGAUGGGACGCUACGACAGCUUGUGUGGUGACCUCGUCGACCUCCUCUUCAUCACAUUCUUCGCUUCCGUGCGGAUUGGCGUCGGUGGCCGCAUGCUCUACUGUGAGCUGGCGUCUCCCAAGCCCAAACUGGUCAUGAAGCUGGGUGGGGUGGCCAUCUACGCCCUGUCCUGUGUCUUUAUGGUGGACAUUACGUGCUUUGCUUGUAGAAAAACCCGUGCCAAGUACAGGCGAUGGCAGAACCGAGGGAAGAUUAAUGAUUCUAAUGGACAUACUCGUUAGUAAAAUAAUGAUAAUGAUUCAACGGCCAUUUUAAAUUCUUUUAUAACU